GUGUGAACAGAUCGGCGAUUGGGCAAAACUAAUCAAGCGUAUGGAACGUUGAGCCAUGUACGGAAGCCGAACAAGGACCUGCUGGUGGAUUUUUGAAUCUGACAUGACAGCUAUUUCUCACACAGAGCCAGAGCUACUUAUCGCAACAGAAAGGGGGUUCGGGAUUAUCUCUUUGCUCUAAAAACAAAGUGAGAGAUCCAAACCCUUUGCUACUAAAUACAUCUGGAUUGCAUCUGCCAUUCUGUAAAUGCUCAUUGCCACGGUACCGGUAGCUACUGCUAACAAAGCAAUUACGGAUCUGACAAAUCGGUGCGACCAGGAUGGAGUGGCAGCCGGAUGAACAGGGUUUGCAGCAGGUACUUCAGCUGCUGAAGGACUCCCAGUCUCCAGACACAGCCACACAGAGAGCUGUGCAGGAAAAACUGGAACAGCUCAACCAGUUCCCAGACUUCAACAACUAUCUCAUCUUCGUCCUUACAAGCCUCAAAUCAGAGGAUGAGCCGACCCGUUCUCUAAGUGGUCUCAUAUUGAAGAACAAUGUGAAGGCCCACUACCAGAACUUUCCUCCUCUGGUCGCUGACUUCAUCAAGAGGGAAUGUCUCAACAACAUCGGAGAUCCCUCACCCCUCAUCAGAGCAACCAUCGGUAAGAGAGAGAGAGUGUGUGUGUGUGUGCUGCAAAGUGAGUCAGGAUGUGUGGGUGGUUGAGCCUUCGCAGGUACUGGUGUCAGUCUGUGGGGGAGUAUGCGUUAAUCAGC